AUGUCGAAAAGAGGUGCUUCACCACCUCCAGAGGGUGCACUCAUCAAAAGGGCACGGUCGGGCUCACCAGUCACAAGCCAAAUGGUCAUUUCCUCUGGCAACGACGAUCGCCAAAAAGGUCUUAUACGAACCAUCAAACGGACGAGUAGUCUCGAGGCUCCGAUUAUUAGCUUAAGCGGGGCUCAUUCAGCCGAGAUAUUGAGCUGUAGAUUCGACCCAACAGGACAAAACAUCGCUGCAUGCUCAACGGACAGGAGCGUUUCAUUAUGGAGAACCUACCCCCCAAAUACUAACUACGGCCUCCUCUCCAACCACCAUAAAGCACCCAUCCUCGACCUCCAGUGGUCGCUAUUCUCUCCCCUCCUCUACACCGUCUCCGCCGACCACUUCCUCUUCAUGACGGAUGUCACCACUGGCAAGCGGGCACGGAAAAUACGCGCUCACCGCGGGAUCAUCAAUGCGCUUGACCGGACGAUGGCAGGGGGCGCAGGCAUCGAGCUUCUAGCCACCGCUUCGGAUGAUGGUACGGUGAGAGUAUGGGAGGGUGGGGACGAGGGCAGCAGGCAGUCAGUUGCCGUAUUCGAAGUAGGAUGUCCUGUCACGUCUGUUUGCUGGAGCGCAGACGGACAGAGUGUGUAUAUCGGUGCUCUUGAUAACGAGAUUCAUGUGUAUGAUAUGCGCAAGAACGAGCAGGUGUAUACGCUCUCUGGACAUACAGACACGCCCACCUCCCUUUCGCUCUCCCCCAACGGUUCCUACCUGCUCGCCCCAUCCUUCUCCUCUCAAACAUUCAUCUACGACGUUCGUCCAUUCUCGCCUUCCCCUGCGAGGAUACACCGCGUUCUUCAAGGCGCUCCGGCAGGUUUCGAAAACACGCUGUUGAAGGGAGCAUGGAGUAAAGAUGAUGAAGGCAGACGUGUUGCCGUUGGUGGUGCAGACCGGAUGGUGUGUAUAUGGGACGUUGAGAGUGGGAGGAUCCUGUACAAGUUGCCUGGUCAUAAGGGUACUGUAACUUCUGUUGACUUCCAUCCCAAGGAACCUAUCAUUCUCACUGGUAGCAAGGAUGGAACGAUGUUGUUGGGAGAGAUAGAACCUAGUGUCUCUGUAUGA